UUGAUUACUGAGUCAAACAAGCUGAAAUUCUUACAUUUCGAGGUUUAAGAAUAUAUAUUCUCCUAAAAAUGGGCAAAAUAACGCUGGAGAUGCUAGCAAAAUGUCCCAGUCACACCAAAAAGAAACGUGGAGAGACUUUAAAUCAUUAUUUAAAAAGGUUGACUCACUUGUACUUCGCAGAGAAAGGCAUUGAUGAGAUUGAUAACUUAUCUUCCUGCAAAAACCUUUCAGUUCUUUACCUGUAUGACAACAGUAUUUCAAGAAUAAGGAAUCUUAGUUUUGCUGCUAAUCUGACUCAUCUGUAUCUGCAAAAUAACAAACUUUCAAGAAUCGAAGGGCUUGACCACUGCAAAAAGUUAUCAAAACUAUAUCUUGGUAGUAAUUGUAUAACAGUUGUGGAAGGACUCGAAAAACUGGAAAAUUUAAAAGAACUUCAUAUUGAGAAACAAAGGCUUCCUCCUGGUGAAAAACUGCUGUUUGAACCACGGUCGCUGCAGAGUUUAGCUAAAUGCCUUUCUGUUCUCAACAUUUCUGAAAACAACAUUGACGCUAUAGAGGAACUAAAGUGCUUAACAAAUAUGACCCAGUUUAUUGUGGAAAACAACUAUCUCACAGACAUGAAGGAACUAUCAAGGGUAUUGGCUUCCUGGACAUCAUUAUGGAGACUAGAAACCACCGGAAAUCCCUUCUGCUGCAAGAAGAAGUACAGAGAUAGAGUGAUUAUCAUGUCACGAUCACUAGUGAUGUUAGAUGGCAAAGAAAUUAAUGAAACAGCAAGAAGUUUUCUGAUGAACUGGAAAGCUAACAAAGAUGCCAGAAGGCUUCAUAAAAGACAAUACCAUCUAGAAGCACCAUCGUCAAACUCUCUCUCAACCAUUCCAACGCUGGCUACUCUUCAAGGCUCCUUUCAUUCGAAUCAGCCUGGAAGUGGCUACUUAGUGGAAGCAGGUGUCAGUCCGCUGAUACGACUGGCUGGUCCUGUCGAGCCAAGUCAAGCUACAACAUUUAGCAGAAAUACUAAGACAUUAGCUGCUAUGGUGCAAGCACGUGCUCCUAAUUCAACCCUACUGAAGCAAAGAGGUCAAGCACCUGACAUAUCGAUGUCAAGGUUUCCAAAUAUCUUUGCUCCUCCUCGGCCCAUGGUCCAUGAACCUUCUUGGGAAACAGACAGUGACCUGCAUAGUGGCCCGCCCCUUCCUUUACAGACUUGAUCACACACACACACACACACACACAUAUAUAUAGUGCCUAUAUACAUAAACAUGAGGUUUAAUGUGUGUAUAAAGUAAAAAUGAAUUCUUAGAGUAAUUUAAAGUUUUAUUAACAUGUAAAUAGACAAUCAAGGCUUUUCCUCGGAAAUAAGGAAAAUGAGUUUUAAUAUGAAAAAUGCUCCAAAGACGGUCUUAAGAAGAAACCUACUGGAAGAGAAGAAACAUAAAACUAAAAGUAUAUAGCGAUGUUUGAAAUGUAAAUAUGUUUUCUAUCAUAAGAGAUAUAAAAAAAAAUUGUAACAGAUGAAAAUGAAGAACUGAAAAAGUUGA